AUAGGAAUGAGCACAUUUAUCUCGCGUAUGUAAUACUACCGGUAAUAAUCUAUAAAUACUUUGGAAAUAGAAGACCUGUUCUCGAAUCAAGAGAAGUACAUAAGAUCUAUUUUAAAGGGUUGCGCCUUCUGUCUGACCCCAUGUAGAAGCCGGUGAUUUCUCGAGGUGUACGCGUAAAAAUUACUCGAAAGCCGGUAACAAAUUGAAAAUCGUUUCUGUGAGUGAUCUCAAUAUACUCUUUUAAUUGGUGCUCAUUCUUCCUGCGGAAUACUUCUUUCUUACUUAUCCCCACUGUCCUAUCUUACGAUUGCGACCUUAGCCUCGAUAUUAGCAUUCUUUCGCGGAAACGCCAGACACGUGUUAUUUAAUAGACAAUGCCAAACUUACGAAUGCUGGUGCUGCCAGCACUAGCUGCUGUAGGAACCAUAGUUGUAGUAGGAUUAGCAUUUAAAUUUUAUAAAUCUUGGAGUACGAACAAGAAAAAGAAGUCUCCAAUUUUAUUAGUUGAUACAGUUGCUAAAUAUAGUUUACCAUUAAUUGAAAAAGAGGUAAUAAGUCAUGAUACAAGAAAGUUUAGAUUUGGCUUGCCGACACCUGAUCAUAUCUUAGGGUUACCAAUUGGCCAACAUGUGCAUUUAACAGCAAAGAUUGAUGGAGAAGUUGUUAUACGUUCCUAUACACCUGUAUCAAGUGAUGAUGAUCAUGGUUUUGUGGAUCUUGUAGUCAAAGUGUACUUUAAAAAUGUUCACCCAAAAUUCCCUGAAGGAGGAAAGUUGUCUCAAUACUUGGAAAAUCUAAAACUUGGAGAGACAGUAGAUUUUAGAGGUCCAUCUGGUAGACUUGUUUAUAAGGGCCAAGGGAAGUUUUCUAUCAAAAUUCUAAGGAAAGAUCCACCUGUUGACUAUGCAGUUAAGAAGGUAGUAAUGUUAGCUGGUGGUACAGGAAUCACACCAAUGUUGCAGUUAAUUCGCGCUAUAAUAAAAGACAGUACAGAUGAAACUCAAUGUUCUCUACUCUUUGCUAAUCAAACAGAAAAAGAUAUAUUGUUACGAAAUGAAUUAGAUGAUAUUGCAAAAAAUCAUCCUGAUAAAUUGAAACUUUGGUAUACACUAGAUACCAGUGGCGAAAAUUGGACCUACAGUACAGGACACAUAAAUGUAGAUAUGAUAAAAGAACACAUGUUUCCACCAUCAUCUGAUACCUUAGUGCUUAUGUGUGGUCCACCUCCAAUGAUUAAUUUUGCUUGUAAUCCAAGCCUUGACAAACUUGGAUAUGAUCCAAAAUUACGAUUUGCAUAUUAAAGCAACAAAUUAUUUUGUUGUUGCAUAAAAUGUAGACUGCAUUCGGCUUAUUAGUCUGCUCUUUCAUUAAAUAAAAUGUUCAAAAGUG